AUGGACCUGAAGACCAUCAUCAACUCCGACACAGCCGUGGGCGCCGCGCGGAGCUCGAGCUCGCAGCCCGCAAACCUCCAGCAUCACCACCAGCAGCAGCAUCACCACCAGCACCACCAGCAACACCAGCGGCCUCCCAGCCAGCCGCUCUCUAUACACCAGGGACCAGACGGCGACUCGCCUCUACGCAGCAGCGGCUUCCGCGACGACGGAGCCCAGCACCCUGAAUAUGGCGGAGGAGGAGGAUCAGGACGCCCGUCGCAACCGCAUCCGCUGCAGCCUCCUCUACAGUCUCCCAAGCGCAUCCCGUCGUAUAUCAGCACGCCGGCCCAGUCGCCGUACCAGCAGGCACCGCUGGCAUCGAUUCUGACGGGCAGAGAGGCCCUCGGGGAGCGCGCAAACAGCGUCCUGGCCGGCCAGCGAGACCCCUUCCCAGCCCCAACCUCGCUGCCUCCGCCGGCUGCAGUCUCUCUCUCCUCGCCCUUUACGCCGCAGCCGACGAGCGCCGGCACGCAGCAUUCGUACUUCUCGCAGCCGCGCUCGCUGUCCAUCCAUUCGGCCGCCUCGCCGUCCUCGCAGGGAGCGAGCCAGUAUGGUGAGAGCAGUAACAGCAGCAGCAACAAUGCCAUCAAUUUGCCUAACCACCCCGUGCAAACUCCGCAUAAAGAUACUGAAAUGAGCCAGCAAACAAACUACUCUGCUAUGGAAAGUUCACAUCUCACUCAUGGUACAGGUCGUACAGCUCAGGCUUUGUAUCCUCCAUCCACUCCUCAGGCAGCUUCACAUCCUUCGGCUUCUCUCAGCCAUAUCAUCACAACCACCGGCUCGCCCACAAGCCACCGCGCGGUCAAGGAAAUAUCUCCUACGCACCAACACACUCCCUCGAAACCUUACAAUAACAUCAACAGCAGCAACAGCAACAACAACAGCCUGUCUGCUGCCUCCUCGUCUUCAGACCGUGCGCCCAUGUGCCCUCCUCGGAAGAAACGCAAGAGAUACACUCAACCGCCUAUAUUUGCCUGCAAGGCCCCGAGAACCACCGGCAGUCCUCCCCCAAUACCGCCCAAGUCCAGCCAAUUUCAGUCCCAAUCUCAGUCUCAGUCUCAGCCUCCGCCUCCGUUUUUCCCGGGAAAACGUCCGUUGCCGAAGCACGAGAAUGCUGACAGCUAUAUCACGCCAGAUUCCAGCAGCACCUCACUUCCUCCGCGACCGUCCCAGCCGAUGAAGGAGGACGAGACGGCCGUCAAUGGCAAUGCUGUCAAAGAACCGGCCGCAGACAGCCCUCUUGGACCCUGGGAGCCGUCGGUAACGAACGUCAUACCGUUUGAAGAGGUUACCAAGAUGAUAUGUGACUUUUUGUUUCAGCAAGUCGUUAUGCGGAAGGACAUCGGAGCCGGUCCUGCUGGAGGUGUAGCUGUUGGGUCCGGCGCCAUUCUCGAGGUCGAGGCCAAACUUGGCCGGCUGGUCGAUAAAAAUCGAGGCGAGAGGCUUCGUCUUCCCGUCCUCACCGAAUGCGUGAUCAGCAAGGAUGACCCGAAUCUCAGGCUGGCCUUUGAAAGCUCCAUGUCACAGGCCCAACACCGCGCAAUGAACAAUUUUCUCAACGAGACGGUCAAAACAUCUAUAUCCCAAGGAUCAGCACGCAUCCCGCUCGCAUACGCACACAAGCGUGAACGCGAUACAUUUUACGAAAUCUCUGCCGCAGACCUACCGCCCAUCGUCCAACAUCAUCUACACCCACGGCACAAGCCCAAAGUGCGCGUAACCACCGACGUCCGCACCGGAGCCGUGCUGGCUCGCAUAGUCAAAUGCCGUAUCGCCGACCUCGAUGUGUACAGUCCUCGCACUUGUCUCGACUGGCGUAUUAGCGUUAACCUGGAAAUGAACUACGAAGGAGACUCUAGCAAGCUCCAACAAGCGAAUGACUGGAAACGAGGCGGAGAUCGGAAUAAAGACCGUAUGAGUUAUAGACAUCUUGCAUACCAGAUUGAUCUAACUCAGGUCGGAACAUCUGACAGCGCUCCAUCGGACUUUGAGCAUGAACUUGAAAUCGAGAUAUCCUCCGCCGAGAUCAGACGGCAGGGCGACCUUGCUCUAUCCGGCGAUAUGAGCAACCGGUACGAAGAGCUGAUCAAGGGCUUCGUGGAUAAUAUUCGAGUUCUAGCGCGAGCUGUGCCGGGCUAA